AUGGCUCUGUCCUACCAGCAGACCAGGCUCAUCAGGGGCACCAUCCCCGCCCUCACCGACCACGGCGAGCGCAUCACAACCAUCUUCUACCGCAACAUGCUUCGUGACCAUCCCGAGCUUAACGACUACUUCAACACGGUCAACCAGGCCAACGGCCGCCAGCCCCGAGCCCUUACCGCCGUCAUCCUCAGCUACGCCAACAACAUCAACCACAUCACCGAGCUCAUCCCCAAGAUGGAGCGCAUGUGUCACAAGCACUGCUCCCUCGGCAUCAAGCCCGAGCACUACGCCAUCGUCGAAAAGUAUCUCAUCGCCGCUUUCGCAGAGGUCCUCGGCCCCGCCAUGACCCCCCAGGUGAGGGAGGCCUGGACCAAGGCCUACUGGAUGCUUGCCAAGAUGCUCAUCGGCCGUGAGGCUCAGCUGUACCGCGACUUUGGCAAGUGGCAGGGCUACCGCAAGUUCCGCAUCGAGAAGAAGGUUGAGGAGUCUGAUGACAUCUACUCCUUCUACCUCGUCCCCGUUGACGGCAAGCGUCUUCCUCCCUUCCAGCCCGGCCAGUACGUCUCUGUCCAGGUCAGCAUCGCCGAGAAGGGCUACCUCCAGUGUCGCCAGUACUCUCUGAGCGAUGCUCCCCGUCCUGACUACUACCGCGUCACCGUUAAGCGGGAUGAGGGCCUCCACAUGACUCGCAAUGGCCGGUAUCUCGGCGGCGGUGCCCUCAACCCCGGUGUCGUCUCCAACCUCCUCAUCGACAUGAAGGAUGAGGGUGACAUUGUCGAGCUCACCCACCCUGCCGGCGAGUUCUACCUUGACAUGGCCAACACUUCCAACGUCCCCAUCGUUCUCAUCUCCGCUGGCGUUGGUGUCACCCCCAUGAUGUCCAUCCUCAACACCGUCUCUGAGCGUCAGCCUCACCGUCCCGUCUCCUGGAUCCACGGCUCCCGCCGCUCGGUGCCCUUCUACGACCAGGUCCGCCGUAUCGCCCGCAACCGACCCAACUUCCGCUCCAACAUUUUCAAGACUCACCUCGCCGAGUCUGAUGUCUACGGUGUCACUUACGACCACGACUUCCGCGUCGAUCUGGCCAAGGUUGACCGCGAUGACCUGUACCUGUGCCACGGCGCCACCGAGUACUACAUCUGCGGCCCUGAGCAGUUCAUGCUCGAGAUGGCCGAGUACCUCAAGUCCAAGCAGGUCGACUCGUCCCGCAUGCACUUUGAGCUGUUCAGCACCGGUGACAUGGAGUUCAAGGUCGACACCCUGAGCAUCAUCUCCAGCACCAGCGGAGGCUGCCCCGGUGGUUACAGCGCCGCCCCCAGCUCGGCCCCAUCCAUCAACAGCACCACGGAGCGGAGAUGCCCCAGCUCCGGCGCCACCUCCGGCCAGUGCCCCUUCUCUGCGGCAUAG